CCCAUCCUCCGUCGCUCCCACGACGCACCUUCCUCUGUACCCCAAGAAUGAAGCAACGUAUAUAGAAGCGAGGAAACAAACGACAAGGCCCAAGGCAACAGAGAAAGAUUCAUUCGUUCUUCCACAGACCCUUUGAACAAAACGAUGGAUCUCGCAGGUCCCAAAUGGUAUUACCGUCCAGACCCGUCAGAGUAUUCAUCUCAUAGGGAGGCGCCAAUGGACUACGGGAGGAGCUCAAGCAACAACCCUUUCGUGGACGUGGACACGUUCCCUGACCCACUUUGCAAGCUCAACCUCAGAGAGACAUCUGAGUUCGUCAAGUCAUUCCCUGUUGUGGGAACCGUGAGCUGCAACAACAACGGCAACCCAACAGAGGCCGGUGGCAUACUUGAGGUUUCGGCGCAGAGGAGGAGAGAUGGAGUGAGCUCGGUCACGAGCAGGAGGACAGAGACCACCGCGACUCUGCUUCAGGCUCCUUCAACCCCUGGUAGGCCUGUGUUCAGCUUCAGUGCGGGCAAGAACUUGUCCAGAAGGAGCUUCCCUUCCAAGUGGGACGAUGCAGAGAAGUGGCUCAUGGGCAGCUCUUCUUGCCACAGCUCCCCCGCGCAUGCCCUGAAGCCACUCGAACCAUCAAGAAUGUCCAGGCACUGUGAUGGGUUCAGGCACAGCAACAGCAGCAUCGAGGUCUUUGCAGAGAAGUCAAGGGUCACCGAGGAAGUAGUCUCGGUGGUCUCUCAGUUUCAGGAGUCUCUGUCUUUGGGCCAUGAAAAUCCAGCCGGAGAAUUGAAUGGGGUCUCACCUGCCUCUGCAGAUGUACUCCUAAAAGAUAAGUUCACGGACGAUGUGGACACCAUAUUGCCAAAAUUCAAAUGCGCCGACCCAUCCAGAGAAGGCUUCUUGUUCAGGAACUCAGCCAGUGAAACCAUGAAAGAUGCAGGCACAGAGGUCCACCACAGAGACGCGGGCACAGAGAUGACUCCACUGGGCAGCUCCACCAACUCCAGGUGCCCCACCCCGUACAAGGUCUCGUCCCCACCGAGGCACAACACACCGGCCGAUCGGUCAGGCCCAUUGGGCAUGGACACUUGCCAUAGCAACAACGGUGGAAUCACUGCCAUUGACAUGAAUCAGCUCAAGGAGUGCCACCUAGCCAAGCUUCAGCUUGGGACACAGUAUGAUUCCAUCGCCUCUAACUGGAGCUCCAGGGAAGAGGAGGAGGAGGAUAUUUCGAAGAGCCUGAGGCAUUUCGAGACCAACACCGCUAAUGGGUUUCAGAAAUCCAGUUUUUCAGAGUCCAGAACAGGCGCUGCAUCAUGGGAGGAGGAAGAGAAGAUGAAGUGCUGCCUCAGGUACCAGAGGGAAGAGGCAAAGAUUCAAGCUUGGUUGAACCUUGAGAGUGCGAAAGCUGAAGCUCAGUCCAGAAAGCUUGAGGUUAAAAUACAAAAGAUGAGAUCAAACCUAGAAGAGAAGUUGAUGAGGAGAAUGGCAAACGUGCACAGAAAGGCAGAGGAUUGGCGAGCACAAGCCAGGCAACAGCACAGUGACCAAAUUCAGAAGGCCUCCGAACAAGCCAAGAAGAUCAUCAACCACCACCAAUACCACCACCAAGAUUCCCACUUUUCUGGUUAUGCCUCUUGUGGUUGCUUCCCCUGCACUAGCCAUCACUGAUCACAAGAAAAUGUUUUUUCCUUUUCCUUUUCGAGCCUUGGGUGCUUCUGGGUCGAUCCUAGCUUGAGUCAACACACAACCAUUUCCCCUUUCCCACACGAUUCUAUAAUCUUUGCUUUUAACAAGGGAUGGUCGAAAGGAGCUUACUGACAAGACAGAGUAGCCAGCACAGCAGUCGACACCUAGGACUCAAAAAGCGGAUUCUUUCGUAGAAUAGGUGAGGCUCAUGUACAGGCACAUGGUACUUUCAAAGUGAGAGAACUGAACCGAUUUUAGUAGGCUUUCACAGACGAGCUUCUGAGACGUGGUAGUGGGACAGUUCCUUCACUUGUUAUGUUGCAGCUGGAACUUUUUGCUGAAGUAAAAGAAUUACUUGCGCCUCGA